CUAGGGAAGAAAUAAAGAAACAGAGCUCGAAGCUGCCAAGGACACAUAGCGCCUCGCCCUCACACCCACUCCCAGUGACUUUUCCGGCAGAGUUCACCGCCACUGCCGUCGCUCGCAGUUCCACACCCCCGGCGACUUCCAUGAAUGCCUAAAGGUUGUCCAUCAUGUUGGCUGGUCUGAUUUCUGAUUUGCAGUAAACAUCACAAUGUUGCUUAAGCCUAUCCGCAAUUCAAAUAGAAGAACUACUUCAGACUUUCUGUUGUCAUUGGGGAAAUAUUUCUCCACUUCGAGACAAUCUGCAGUUGAUUUGGCUUCCAAAGAUGGAGAAAUGAGGAUCUUUUUAGUUGCAGGAGAAGCUUCAGGAGAUGCUAUUGGUUCUCGUUUAAUAGCUGCCUUAACGAAGCUUUCACCAUUCCCAAUACACAUUGCUGGAGUCGGAGGAUCUAUGAUGGCAAAACAUGGAUUGAAAUCUGUUUUCCCCAUCGAAGAUAUUGCUGUAAUGGGGAUUUGGGAGUUGUUGCCACAUCUAAAUAAGUUCCAAGUUAGACUGAAGCAAACAUUUGAAGCUGCAAUCUCAUUUAAUCCUCAUGUCAUAGUGACAAUUGAUUCAAAGGGAUUCUCUUUUCGUCUUUUAAAGCAAUUAAGGGCUAGAUAUGGGCAAAAAGGACCUUUACACUUCCAUUAUGUAGCACCAUCUUUUUGGGCAUGGAAAGGAGGUGAAGCAAGACUUAAGGGACUUUCUGAGUUUAUUGAUCAUGUCUUAUGUAUUCUUCCAUUUGAAGAGGAAGUUUGCAUAUCUAAUGGACUACCUGCAACCUUUGUGGGCCACCCCAUUCUAGAAGAUUCCCUUGACCUUAACUCGGUUGCUACAGAAAAGGGAUGGAAGGUGCAAGGAAAUGCUGACAUGUUCAGGGGUAAAUACGGAAUUUCCUCAGGUUCAAGAAUAUUGAGUCUGCUUCCUGGAAGUAGAUUACAAGAAGUGACACGUAUGCUUCCAAUUUACUCAAAAACCAUGAAUCUCUUAACGGACUCCAUUCAGGACUUAAUGACUGUUAUCCACGUGGCACCUAACAAACAUGUAGAAGAUCACAUCAAAAGAACCACCAAUGAGUGGCCGACACCUGUCGUACUGGUUCCUGGAGGAUCACCCCACACCAAAUAUGAUGCAUUUAGUGCGAGCAGUGUGGCGUUAUGUACAUCGGGGACAGCGGCAAUGGAAUUGCAACUUGCGCGAUUAUCAUGUGUUAUCGCGUAUCGAGCCCAUUUCCUAACAGAAUGGGUGAUACGUUAUAAAGCUAAAAUACCUUACAUUUCUCUCCCAAAUAUCCUUCUUAAUUCACCUGUUAUUCCCGAAGCCCUUUUUCGUCAUUGCUCACCCACAAAACUAGCACGUUUACUCACGGAAGUAAUGUGUAAUGAAGGAGUCCGGGAAGAACAAGUGGUUGCCGCCGAAAGGGUGAUGGAAUUACUAAGGCCGCCACAAGGUGGUAGCUUGAGCUUUGGUAACACCGCGAGUACAAUAGCAGCUCGGACCGUGCUUUAUUAUCAAAAGGAGAAACUUUACGGAUGUGUUUAUUGAAUGGGGCACUAGACAGACUUUUUAGGGUUAUUUUCAGUGAUGAGGAUGAAGAGUGCAUUCAUGUUUAUUUUUUUUGACAGACUUUUUAGGGUUAUUUUCAAUGACGGGGAUGAGGAGAACAUUUUUUUUUAUUUUAUAGACUUUUUAGGAUUAUUUUCAGUGAUGAGGAUGAGGACAUUUAUGUUUUUUUUAUAGACUUUUUAGGACUAUUUUCGAUGAUGAGGAUGAGGAUAAUAAAUUACAACUGGAGAUUCAGUGUCAA